AUGCGCCCUAGAAUGAAGAUCAAAUGCAAUCUCAAGACUCCAUGCCUGGCCGAGGAGUGUGCAGUGGAGUGGCCAUCAAAGCGGUCAUCAGAGCGGUUCGAUGACAAUUACACACAUGACAUUGCUCAACGAGAACUUGAGUAUGCAGACAAGCCAACGGGGAUAUUUGGACGAGUUUGCAGACGGGUCGAUCGAGCAUUCCAGCAGAAGAUUCGGCGCCUGGGUUGCGCUUGGAGAAGAAAUUAUUCCAGAGCAGUAUUACUCUCGUCAAACAUUCUCGCGCAUCUUCUCGCGUAUCAAAUCAAACAAACCCAACCGUCCCAAAUCUACAAUUUCCGGAUCCGUGUUUCUCAUCGUCGAGAGUCUAUGGGGUAUAUAUACUGUUUGCGCGCUUUGGCAGAUGACUGCAAUUUGUCGAGCUUUGUAAUUAAGACUUUCUGGACUCGGUCGCUAUAG